UGAUGUGCAUCCAUCACUCGUUUCGCAUUGCUACUUUGUUUUGCUUCGAUACGAUUGCUGGCGCCGUGCCUUGCUUACUUUCUCAACAUUCCACGGAGAUUACUUCCUCUUUCAUUAGCUCUGGGUAGGACACGAGUUUCGCACCGCCACAGCCUCUGUUGUUGUCCACGCCGGUCGCGGCUUGAGACCUACCUAUUGACUACACAGCACACACUGAUCGCGAAGUGCGCCUUUUUCCAACUCGCUUUUCCAUCCCAUCGCAACACGCCCGAGUCCAAAACUUUGGGACCACGCUGAAUCGCCCUCUGGAGUGGCUUUGGCCUUCUAACGUCGCUGUAUAAUAAUGGUUGCAACAUUUUCGCCGCACCGUGAUGCGGGCGGCACACUACAUCUUCCAUCGCACACGGGGAUUCACCAUGUUGAUGCUAGCUCAGCUAUCCGGCAACUCCGCCGAUCCCUGUCGCGCUCGCCUUCUAAGAGUUCCAACUUCUCGCUUCUCGCGAAUAGAAACCACUCGCCGUCGAAAACUAUGCCAUAUGUAUCUUCGCCUCUAUCACCUUCGCGACGAUCGUCACAUAGCAAUUUCGUGCUCUUUCCUAUCACAUCGGAAAUAAACGUCCAGCCCGACGAUAAUGCUACCUCCAGCGGCUGUUCUGCGAGUUCAUCCCCCGGCGCAGAAACACCUCCUGCUCCUCGACCGACAUUAUCCAGAAUUGAAAAGCGACGCAGCGGGACUUUCAGCUCAUAUGCAGCAGUCAGCCCAUUGAAACGGAGUGACGGGAUUAUGAACUUGGAUCGAGCAUCUCGAGGAAGCCCAUCAGCAAAAAGGCGUAGUGUGCACACAGCGAACCUUUCCAAUGAAUUUAGUAUAUUCGAUAGUGAGGCCGGUCCGAGUUCGGUUGAAGAAUCCACCUGCGAGUUACCGUCCGAAAGUGAGACGCCAUCGUUUCCUGCCAACAUCACCCCGUUCAGUCCUUUUGCUACAAUCCCCAAGCGCUCCUCUUCCUUGCGAAGAUCAACUCUUCAGCAACGUCAAAGUGAUCGUUCCUUAUUUUCGCGGGCAAGGCCCAUGGUUGAGCCGUCUGAGGCUUUAGACACUUCCUCGAGUGCAUGUCCCCGCAUGUCGUUGGAUAACAGUCUCUUUCAAUCUAAGCAGGAGAACCUGUUUUCCCCGCGACCUGUAUCAGGCAGUUCCCUAUUUUCAUCAACUGGAAAUGGCGCAGGCCAGGCCCGUUCUGCUGUUCACCCGCUUUCUCGGACUAUAACACAAUCUUCGUCCAACUCCAGCCUAGUGGAUGACUCACCAACUCAUGAGCCAGUUCACAAAGGCGACCAUUCAAGAGGAGUAUUUAAUUUCUCCAAGUCACUUCCAGCAGGGGCAACUCGACCUGCACCUGUGCGCCAACUUGCGCGAGAAGAUUCAACUUCAUCUGCGGAUUCCUUCGCUACCCCCGAAAAUUACAAACUUGUGAAACCUCUUCCUGCGGCAUUUAUGUCAACCGGCCUAAUCUCCAAGAAGAACCGCAAUGCCGAGGAUCCCGCAAACCUGUUGGGUUUCAACAAGAAUAUGCCUGAUACGCCGUGCAAACGACCCACGAAUUUGUUCCCCAGUGGGCAAAAAUUGGCUCCAGAACGGUCCCUGGGGAUCUCAACAUUCUCACGUCAUUCAGAUGCAGUACCUCCGUCUCCGUCUAACCCACCCAGCACACGUCCCAAGUCAGGCCCUUUUGUACGCGGCAUGGGUAUCUUCGGGAACAGUUGCAACGGACAGGGACCCUCCCGUCGUGGUAGCUUUGUCAGUGUGGAUGGCGACGAUAUUCAGUUUCAGUCACCAUCUGGCCUGCAAGAUAGUCAACCUUUAAGCGAAUAUGACUUGCCACCAACACCAACGAAACAAACAUUCUUCCCGUCUCGAACCUAUCCCCCUGCCACUUCACAAAUCGCCUCCCUCGAGAGACUAUCCGAAGCUAGGGGAGCCAAUUCAAGUCCGUUACAUGAAAGGUUCUUGCGGGGAUCACCGCGGACGCCUCAGGACAACCUUCUUUUCCCUGACCCGAGCGGUCUAUCAAUUUCCAAUGACCAGCAAGCGGUCAAAUCCGAUUUCAACUCUUCCAACCUACCGGCUACUCCCACCGGUCCUCGUGAGUCUCUGUUACAGUCCGGGAAACGCCCUAGCCUCCCAUUGAAUGGCUACCAUACCCCAGAUGUGGACCCGAGUUUGACCUCACGCUUCGAGCGAGUUGAGCUUAUUGGCACCGGUGAAUUCUCUCAGGUAUAUCGUGUAUCCGAACCCCACCAUACGUCGCUGUCAUCAAUCUUUUCAAACAACCAGAAGUCACCUAAAAUAUUACCCGAUCAGGUGUGGGCAGUCAAAAAAUCGAAACAACCAUAUUCUGGGUUGAAGGACCGUGAGCGUCGAAUGCGUGAAGUAGAUGUGUUGAAGGCUUUGACCAAUUCUGAUCAUAUCAUCUCUUUCAUGAACAGUUGGGAGGACAACGCUCACCUUUAUAUUCAGACCGACUUCUGCGAAGAGGGGAGCUUGGAUGUCUUCCUGGCUCAGGUUGGGCUCAAGGCAAGAUUGGAUGAUUUUCGCAUUUGGAAAAUAUUGCUCGAGUUAUCUAUGGGUUUGAAACAUAUUCAUGACAUGGGCUUUAUCCAUCUCGACUUAAAGCCGGCCAAUAUUCUGAUCACGUUCGAAGGCGUUCUGAAGAUCGCUGAUUUUGGAAUGGCAACACCAUGGCCGGCAGAGGAUGGAAUCGAAGGCGAGGGAGAUCGCGAAUAUAUCGGCCCAGAAAUUCUAAUGGGGCGCUAUGAUAAACCGGCGGACAUAUUCUCCUUGGGUCUGAUCAUUUUUGAGAUAGCUGGAAAUGUGGAGCUCCCCGAUAACGGGCUCUCGUGGCAAAAGCUGCGGAACGGAGAUAUGAGCGACGUUCCCAGCUUGACUUGGAGCGCAGAAACCAGUAUUUUCCGUGAUGCGUCCGGGAACCCAAUUUCGGAAGAACCAUCGUUUGAGGAGUUGUGUGCAUCAGAUUUCGGGGAUGACACAUUUGGUGAAGACAGUUUCCUGGGAAGUCGCAGGUCCAGUGAGCGAAAAGCAGUACAACUCGCUCGCACUGGCGAACUUCAUGACCCUCCAAGCUUCAUGGUUGACUCCAGUCACGAGCAAGCCUUGGACAAAAUUGUGCGAUGGAUGAUCUCGCCAGAACCGUUUGAUCGGCCGACAGCCGACCACGUUUUGGAGACAUAUGGUGUCCAAUUUGUUGCUCGUCGACGGCGUGCUGGGGCUACUAUCUACGAAGGCAACUGGGGCCCUGCCGACGAAAUUCUAGCAGAGGAUGCUGAAAUGAUUGACGUUUAAUCGGUACUUGAUAUAUUAAUGCAUUUGGACGGAGUUGGUGCUUUCCUUUAUGGUUAACAUAUAUUGACGGCGUUGAUGCGGGGAUCCGGCCUUCGAUAAUAAUGUCCCUUGUUACUGACCUAUGGCUUAUGCUUGGCUUUAUCUCUCUUCCUUUUCAUUUGUGUGCAAUGGGGUACGGGUUACUUCGGGACUUGGAUCUCAAU